AUGAAACGCAAGACCAGGCCCGACGACACCGAGAACGACCACGAGACCGAUGAGGAAUCCCACAAGCCUGCUGCACCACCCGCCGCAGAGGCCGUCAAGCCCACCCGGGGCAGAGGCCGGCCCAGAAAGGUGGUCGAGCCCGAGCCGCAGCCCGCUGCCCCCGCUGAGACUGCGGCGUCCGCACCGAAGCCCACCCGCGGACGGGCAAAGAAGACCGCAGAGGAGCCGCCCAAGCCGGAGCCCUCCAAGCCCACGCGCACCCGCGCCAAAAAGACACAGACCGAUGAGGACAAGGCAGCCGCCGCCCCCGUGCCCGUCAAGAAGACGGCUCGCGGCCGCGCUGCCUCGGGCGCCGCCAAACAGCCCGGCGUCAUCUGCACAGAGGCCACCACGGAGCCCACUCCCGGCCUGAGAUCUGCCGUCUCCAGACCUGCAUCUAGGAUUGGUGCCGUUAAGAAAUCGGUGACUUUCCAGGAACCAGAGAAAGAGAACAUGGUCCCGCCUGCUAACACCAAGGCAAAGGCCAAGACAGAGCCGGCCACGGGCCUGCGCGCCAAACCCGUCCGCAAGACUGCCACCGCCGCCCGAGCCACCCGUGCCAGCGCAAGGACGGCUCCCACUGCCGACAAGAAGGACAAGCCCACGCCCCUGAGCCCCAAGAAGGACGGCCAGAACCGCCCGCUCUCUCGAGCUAGCAACUCGGACGAUGAACUGGCCACGUAUGAGAUGACGCCGUACAAGCCCUUGAUGAAGAGCCCUGUGAAGCCCCCCAACCCGAGGAAGCUGGAAGCCAGCGCCCCCGUGGUUCACGAUACCGCUGACGACUUCGCCGACCACGAUGACCAGGCCGAUGAGCUGGCUGGGUCCUCCAUCUUUGGAAGCCCCGUCCGAAGGCCACCCCCGAGCCCCUUCAAGGACUCCUUGAAGUCCCCAGCAAAGAGGGCCGAGGGUGUCCCCACAUUGCUCUUCUCAUCCAAGAAGAGCGAGUCCGAGGCAACCCAGAACCCGCUCAAGGCCUCCAUACUGCAGUCACCUGCAAAGCGACCUCAGGUACCCAUCAUGGCACUACAGGCGCCAUCAUCAUCACACAAUUCGGAACAACCUCGAUCACCCUCGAAACUGUCAUUCCUGCAAUCCCCGGCAAAGCGCCCGAUGUCUCCGUUCAAGGUUCUUGGUUCGGUCUCUCGAUCGUCAGAGAAGGAGACCUCGACUAGCGAGGAGCACGCUAAGACGCCCGCGGAGGCAGAGCCAGCAGCGUUCCAGCCCAUCGCCCCCGAGCAAGAUCCAGAGCCUCUGGCAGAGCCAGUGGCGGACGAAAACUGCGACAAUGACAUUGAAAUGUCACAAAGUGAUGAUGAGGACCUGGAGUCGCCUGCACAGUUGGAGUUUCCAGGACGUUUGUCAGCUGUGCUCCCUCGUCACGCGGACCCAGCUCUCCAGGACAAGCCCUCGCCGACAAAAGCUUUGUCAACCGAGCAGCUGCAGCCAGUUGAGGUUGACGAGGCUGUGUCUGCGCCAGAGCCCGUAGCCGUGGAAGCUGCGCACGGAGACCCUAUGGAAGUUGAUGGUGCGUCUGCAGAAGAACCGAUGCCUUCAAGCCCUCCUACCAAGCACACUCCUCAACCCGCCGUCCAAGCAGCGAACCCCAUGUUUGGUCUACGCCAGAAGGAUCUUGUUCCGCAAGAUAUCUACGACUCAGAGGAUGAGUUGGCGUUGAGUGGCAAGUCCGUGCCCAAAUUCCGGGAAGAUACCACCCUGAGCUUCUCGGGUGUUCCAGCUACACCAACACCAGGAUCUUCCAGGACAUCCCGAAAUGCGCUACCCUCAAGCGCAAUUAAGAAUGCCGGCCGUGCCAUCAGAUCCGUCUCGCGUGGACCCAAGUUAGGUUUCACACCCCUCGCAAGACAACUCGGCGAUUGGCGGGCAAGUAGUCCAUCAAAGACCGAAGGUGAUGAGGCUAUGACCGCAGAUGCGGAGGAGUAUUCUCUCCUUGAGAAUGACAUCCCUGCGACGGCUGAUCGGUCGCCCUCUAAAGGCACCUUUUUCGAAGAUGAGAUGAAGAUCCGUGCUGAGAUGGAGCUUGACCUGGAGGCUGAUGCCGAGGCUGAAAUGAUGGCUGCCCUUGAGGCAGACCUCGCUGCAAACUAUGAGGACCCAGUAUUUGACGACGUACCCAUCACCAGCGAGGAUGUUGAGCUUGCUGCUGAGGCAGACGAGAUGUCGCUUCUGGAGCCCAACCAAGCGGAAGCUGUCUUCGAGGUUCAAGCUCAUGAUGACUCCAUCUCCGAGGCCAGCCAGGAGUACGGUGACGAAAAUGCCAUGCCCAUUGAUCCGGCCCUGCUCGGCCCUGCUGGGCAGCCUGCCGUCCCCCCUGUUACUCCCAUGCGACCCUCGACAAUGCGUACAUUCAACACAACAACAAAGGUCCCCCUGAAGCCUGCCGAUGACUCUACUCCCAUGACCUUGAAGAAGAGAAGUGCAAGCGUUUCUCGCGUGCCCAUGAAACGACCUGCCGGCCCUUCUAGAAACGCGACCGUCAUCUCUUACUCUCCCGAAAAGGAGUCAUCCAAGACCAUCAUGGAAGAGGACGAGCAGUAUCAGCCUCCUGUGACGCCAGCAAAGUCGGACAUUUGGUCCUCAAUCGGCACUCCCGCCCGCACGCCUCGGCGGGAUGUAAACCCAUCUCUGCUUCGAGGUGCUGUUGUCUUUGUUGAUGUCCACACUAGCGAGGGUGCAGAUGCCAGCCCCGUCUUUGUCGAGCUCCUUUCCCAGAUGGGUGCUCGCUGUGUCAAGAGCUGGACCUGGAAUCCAACCACGCCCGCAAAUGGCGAUCUCUCCACUGCAAAAGUCGGCAUCACCCACGUGGUCUACAAGGACGGCGGCAAGAGAACCAUGGAAAAGGUACGGGAGACUGGCGGCGUAGUCCAGUGUGUAGGUGUGGGCUGGGUUUUAGACUGUGAACGCGAGAAUGAGUGGCUUGAUGAAGCGCAGUACUACAUUGACACAUCGCUCGUCCCUCGUGGAGGCGCUCGUCGUCGCAAGAGCAUGGAGCCCAGGGCCCUCGCCAACAUGAACGGCACGCUCGUGACCCCGAUGAAGCAGACAGCUGCUCCAGCUCGCGAUUGUCAGACCGUGCCUAACAACCAUGUCAGCCGAAGGGACAGUACUGCCUGGGUGCGCUCUCCAUCCAAUCCUGACGAUGAUGAGGAGAUGGGGUAUGCGGACGAGGACCAGUGGGACGGAAGUAUGCUUACGCCCGUCCCGAAGACUCCUGCCCCCGAGGCCAUCCACCGCUAUGUCACGGAGAUGGAUGUCACGCCUGAGACACCAUCCGCAGACUGGUCUCAGGACAAUACGCCAGAGCAGCAGCAGAUGCUCACACGUACUGCACCGCCGAAGCCGAGCAUUUAUGCCGACCUAGGCAGCGGCGUGCUGAGCCCGCAGAAGGAUCAGAAUGUCAUGAUGCGCCUGAUGGCUGCCCGCCGCAAGAGUUUGCAAUUCGCACCCAAGAUCGCUAGCCCAUUGAGCAAGGCGUGGAACUAG